GAAACACUGGCAAACUUGGAGAGACAGAUCUAUGCUUUUGAAGGAAGCUACCUGGAAGACACUCAGAUGUAUGGCAAUAUCAUUCGUGGCUGGGAUAGGUAUCUAACCAACCAAAAAAACUCCAAUAGCAAAAACGAUCGAAGGAACCGGAAGUUUAAGGAAGCUGAGAGGCUCUUCAGUAAAUCCUCAGUUACUUCAGCAGCUGCAGUAAGUGCACUGGCAGGAGUUCAGGACCAGCUCAUUGAAAAGAGGGAACCAGGAAGUGGCACAGAAAGUGAUACUUCUCCAGACUUCCACAAUCAGGAAAAUGAGCCCACCCAGGAGGACCCUGAGGAUCUGGAUGGAUCUGUGCAGGGAGUGAAACCUCAGAAGGCUGCUUCUACUUCCUCAGGGAGUCAUCACAGCAGCCAUAAAAAACGAAAGAAUAAAAACCGACACAGCCCGUCUGGCAUGUUUGAUUAUGACUUUGAGAUUGAUCUGAAGUUAAACAAAAAACCACGAGCUGACUAUUAGAAGACUCGUUAGUGCAGAAACUUCCAGGCUGUAGAGCCCUGCUUCCCUCCUCCGACCUCACAAAGAUAAAUAUCCCUUGCCUGCGUGCGUGGCCAUCCACCUCUGCUUUCCCAGACCCGGUGCCUGUGACUGAGUCGUUGUCCUGCAAUGUGGUGACAAGUCAUUUCUGUAAGACCACAUUGGAUCAUUUACCCUGUGUCAUUCUUAGUAACAGAACUGCAGGAAGACCAAGAUAUGGUUAUAAUCCCAGCAAGUUGCUAACUGAAUCUCCCUUCUUGGAACGAACAUCUCCCCCCAACCUGGCCGGCACCAGCUUCAUCUGUGAUACCCAUCAGGGAAUGGUCUCUGCUUUUGUUUUAUGAUGAAAGUAGAGCACUGAUCACAUUUCAGAAGGAGGCUGUAAAUACCUAGCAUUUUCUUAUGUUGUUUGUGUUUUAUUAUUUUUCUAUUGUUUUUAUCGUCUUAUUUUCUUUUGGGGCUUUUUGUAAUGACUUUGUACAGCUCAUACCUUCCUGCUGACAUAUCUAAUAAUCUGUUCCACGGAGUUGCCAAUGUUCUUAAACUGAAAGUGACCUAGUUUACCAUAAACACAAUGGGGAACUUGGCUCUUUGGUUUCUUGCAGGGGAAAGGUAAAGAGUGUUUAUUUAAUAAUUUACCUAUCUUAAAUCUUUUUGAGUUGGAAGCAGUUUCAUGUUCAAGGAAUAGGAAAAACUGAAAAGCAUAAGCUUAAAUCAGUCCUUUUAAAAUAUUUUUAUUCUUUUGUAUAAAUAAAAUUUCACAGGCUUUGACUUCUCAUGCUUUACUUUUAAACCUGAGAUUUUUUUUUCACUUUUAUUUAUUCGUAUCAUGCCUUAUGGAAAUUUCUUUUGCCAUCUUUUCUCUCUUUGCUGGUAUUUACUAAUUAAAUAGGGCUUGAAAUAUCACUAAGGCAUAUGGAAAGGCUCAAAAUUGCACUCAAAGCUGAUACCAUACGGAGUUCUUGAGCAAAAUGAAAGAUAGAAUCAACGGGAGCCAGCAGCGCCCAAUGGAUCCCUCAUUCUUGGAGACAGAUAUGGGCCCAGGAACUUGCUUAUAGUUGUUAUUGGCCUGUGAAGCAGUUGUAAUCUACCUCGGCUGCACAAUUGGAAUCAACUGGGAAGCUUAAAACAAUACUGAUGCCUAGGUCCCAGCCCUAGAGACUGGGCCAGGGUACAGUCUGGUUAUGGGGAUUUCCUUUCAGAGAGUCCCUGGGUUCUGAUAGGGAACCAAGUCAGGAACCACUGCAUUAGGAGACUGGAUGAUGUGAUUUAAAUCCUGUGUUGUGAAUCAGUCUAUGGGAUAAGAUUUGGGUCCUCACCUUUCCUUUGACUCUAUUUAGUCAUAGUCCUUUGCUUAUGCCUCUAUCUUUGUUAGGAAAAAAUGUUCCAUUUGUGAAUAUUGGUAGAGCUGAAUGUGGGUGGCGUCGAUUAUCAAAAUAAUUCUACCUUGUCAGAUGUGCAAAAGCUUUCACUCUUGUUCUCAAAUAAACUUUUUUUUUUUUUUGACUGUGUGGCUAUUUAGGUGUCUUUGGCUCUGUCUUUUGUAGCAGAACUCUGGGGUAUGCCAGGGAAAUAGUUUCUUAUAUUUAGAUUGUUCCUUUAAAAAACCAAAAACAAUGGAAACCAGAA